ACUUCUGCCCUGUGAAGUUUGGGGAGGGUCCCUGGUUCAUCUCCCGGGGGGGUUAAAUAAUCAGCUUUUCAACCCCCCCCCAAAUUCUGUAAUAACUUUCCUUGCUGUUAUUGGACUCAGAACGAAGCAGGUUUAUCCUCAGUCUCUCUCUUUACCUUCUCCCCUCUGCAGGAUCCUUGAAGACCUCUGACCCGUGCAGCAUGGACCAUUCUGUGAAUGGCACCCUAGCCGAGAAGCACAGCCCCAUAGACUACGGAGUCCAGAUCAGGUUCAUCGAUGACCUGAAGGAGCCUAGGAAGUCCCAGAAGAUCCGCCCCAAGGCUUCCAGGCCGGGCUCCUAUGGCGUGGCCGUGCGGGUCCAGGGCAUCGAUGGCCAACCCUUUGUGGUCCUCAACAGCGGUGAAAAGGGAGAAGAUUCGUUCGGGGUACAGAUCAAAGGGGGAAGCAGAUAUGGAAGGCCAGCUCGGAGUCGGACCCUUGGGGAGACCUUUCCAGGCUCUCCUAGGGCCGGGUCGUCAUCCAAGGACGCUUCGGGUUCCAUCAGCUCCGAUUCGGAUCUUCCGGAGAAUCCUUACGGGGCAAAACCUUCUGGACACAGCUCUCAAUACAGCACCUCGGAUGAGGACCCGGGUCCCCAACGAGUGCCCCAAGCUGAUAGCUUGGAUGGGAUUCGCGCAUCCCGUAGCAACGGCUCCUCUCUCCCCCACGGCGGCUAUCGGACGCUGCCCCACAAAAAAUCCAUGGGGCAGCAGCAUCUGCGGCGGACUCAAUCUCACAGUUCUUUGCUUGAUCCCGAGCCGAGCGACCCGCAGGAGCCGAGCCCCCCUAGAACUCACGACUCGGGUUAUGCUUCCCGGUCAGGGAAUUCCGGGGUCCCAGAAAGGAGUAGCAGUGCGCUGAAUCUCUCUCCCCCCAGCGUCCCCAACCUUAGGGAAUCCACAGCCUGCAACUUCCCUGGUUUGCGGUCCGUCCACAAGCCGUCGGACACAGGAUCCCCAGAGCCGGCCCAACCAGUCGGCGCCAACAGUGGUGAAAUCGAUACAAAGCCGCUCUCUUCCGUGGACUCCUUGAUCCACAAGUUUGACCGAAAGGCCCUGCCAAGGGGACGAGCCUCCCGCAGGACCCGGGUCUCGCCAGAGAGCCACAAGCGCUCACGGAGCCUCGACGGAAGGAGCGCUUACCGAGAUACAGUGGACGCGCGGGAACUUGGGACCACCGAGCAUCCAGGACAUUUCAGGGAAGGAGCCCAAACCUUGACGAGUAAGCCCUUCGUUUCGGCUAAUCCGCCGGGCAACCGGGGAGCCGCUGGGCAAGCGAUGAAGGAGGAUAAGUCUAAGAUGAUCCAGGAUUGGGUCAGCAAGAGUCUGGAGGAGCCCGGGAUGGAAAAGCAGCCGAGAAAAGUCCAGUCCGAUUUGCAGCUGAAGUCCACCCCAGACCUCCUGAGGGAUCAGCAGGAGGUAGCGCCGCCUGGAAGCAGCGAAUACACCAAGGAGCUCAUCUACAGCAUUCUGAAGGACAGGAGCGCCGAAAGCGAUGCCUCGGCAGAGAGGAAAACCAACCUCAUCUUUGAGAAAAUCCAGGCGUUUGCGGCUGCCCCUUCGUCGGAGCUGAGAGGGUCCCGCUCGGAGGUGACCGACCUGAAGCGGAACGUGGAAGAACUGGGCAGCCGGAACAAGGCCCCCCAGAGGACGGAACCGGCACAGGAGCGCGACCGGCACGGCCUGGAAAUCCGGCUGCAGGAGCUGGAGGAGGAAUGCCGUCGGCUUCGGGAGGCUUUUGACAAGAAGAACCGGGAGCUCCAGAGCAUGUCGCAAGAGUUGAAAGACGUCAGAGCCAUCAAGGAGCAAAUGGAAGCCAAGCUGACCGACUCCGAAGACCAACUGAUGGAAAUGCAGAAGGCGCUGGAUCGACUUCAAGAGCUGCCGACAGACAGGGACGCGCUGCUGAAAGAGCUGCUGGAGACCCGAGAAGACCUGGAGGAGGUCUUGGGGGCCAAGCAGAAGCAGGAGGACCACCUGCGCCAGCGCGAGCGCGAGCUGACGGCGCUGAAGGGGGCCCUGAAGGAGGAGGUGGCCAGCCACGACCAGGAGCUGGAUCGGGUCCGGCAGCAGUACCAGCAGGACAUGGAGCAAUUGAGGCGCAACAUGGAAGACGUGUCGCAGGAUCAAGCCAGCCUGGAGGCUGAGAGGCAGAAGGUCAACUCUCUGGUGAGGAACCUCCAGACGGAGCUUCAAGAAAGCCAAGAGGAAGGAGAUCACUGGAAGGAGAUGUUCCAAAAAAACAAGGAGGAGCUGCGUAAUGUGAAACAAGAGUGGAGAGGCUCUCGUGCCGAACCAUCUUUAAUCAUCUUCAGUUGCUUCGAGCUGCGUGAGGCUCGGGAACAGCUGCGGGAUGUGGUGGAGGAGAAGGAGGGGCAGGGCAAGAUCCUGCGCCUCCGGGAGAAUGAGAUCGUUGCCCUGAAGGAGAAGCUGGAAGAUGAGGCCGCUGGCCGUAGCCAGGAAGUUGAGGAACUAAGCUUGCGGUUUCAAGAAAAGAUGCAGAAGUUCCAGAAGGAUUACGAGGAGGCAUUCAAGGCCAAGGCUGCCUUGGAGGGUGAGAAGGAGGCCACUGACCAGACGCGGAGACUGGUGGAGUCCACCCUGAGGGAAACCCAGGAAGAGAAUGACGACCUCCGGCGCAAGAUCUUGGGCCUGGAGACCCAGCUGAAGGAAUACCGCCAUUUUGCUGAUAGUUGGCAAGACAUGGAGGCCAGGCUGAAGGAGAAGAUUAUCAAGUUGGAGGCCGACCGCAAGCAGAUGGAAGAGUCCGUGAGCAACGCUGCCGACCAGGAGCAGGACCUGCUGCUGGCUAAACGUUCCCUGGAGGGCCGACUGGAGGAGGCCCAGCGCAAUUUCAGCAAACUCACCCUGGAGCACCAGGACUUGAGCGCCUCUUACCAAGAGGAGCUGAAGCAGAAGGAGGUCCUCAGGAGAGCCAAGAACGACCUGGAAGAGGAGAAGAGGCUGCUGGAUCGAAGCGUCGCGAAGCUGACAAAGGAGCUGAAGCAGAUGGCGGACGAAUCACACCAGGCCCUCUCGGACCUGCAGUCCCAGCUGGAGGACUACAAGGAGAAAUCGCGCAAGGAGAUCAGCGAUUCCCAGAAGCAUGCCAAGGACCGCAACGUGGAAGUGGAGAAGAUGCAGCACCAGAUGGGGAGAUUACAGGAUGAGGUGCUGCGUCUCAAGCAGGCACUGCAGGACAGCCAGGCUGAGCGCGAGAGCGCCAUCCUGGACAAGGAGCUCCUGGCGCAGCGUCUCCACAACUUGGAUCAGGAGAUGGAGUCCAAACGGCGGUCUCAGGAUGAUCGGUCCCGGCAGGUCAAAGCACUGGAGGAUAAAUCCAAACGUCUGGAAGUGGAGCUGGACGAGGAACGCAACGCGGUGGAGCUUUUGACCGAGAGGAUCAACCGAUCCAGAGAUCAGAUCGACCAACUGCGAGCCGAGUUGCUGCAGGAACGCUCCACCCGCCAAGACCUGGAGUGCGACAAAGUCGCCUUGGAAAGGCAGAACAAGGACCUUAAAAGCCGGCUGGCCAGCAACGAAGGGCUGCAGAAAUCCAGCGCCAACGUGUCCCAGUUGGAGUCGCAGAUCCAGGACCUCCAGGACAAGCUACUGGGCGAAGAGAGAGAGAAAGGCGUCCUGUUGUCGUCGAACCGGAAGCUGGAGAGGAAGGUGAAGGAGCUGAGCAUCCAGAUCGACGAUGAGAGGCAACACGUCAAUGACCAGAAGGACCAGCUGAGCCUGCGCGUCAAGGCGCUGAAGCGGCAGGUCGACGAGGCGGAAGAGGAGAUCGAGCGGCUGGAAGCGGCGCGCAAGAAGGCCCUGCGGGAGCUGGAGGAGCAACACGAGACAAACGAGCAGCUGCAGAGCCGCGUCAAAGCCCUGGAGAAGGACCUCUGGCGCAAGGCAGCACGCUCGACCGCCGAGUCCUCCCUCAAGGAUGACCUACUGAGUUCGGAUGAAGAGUUUGACAGCGCCUACGGCCCGUCCUCCAUCACGUCGCUGUUGACCGAAGGGAAUCUCCAGACCAGCUCCUGUUGAUGCCCUUCGGCCACGCGGGGGAGAAACACCAGCGCUUUCCCGCGUGGCUUUCCUGAUGCUUUCGAAGGAUCCCCCUGCAAAGCAAACAGUGGGGGGCUGCCGAUCCCUGCCCCACGGGGGAAGAAUCCCACAAUGGUGUCCCCAAAGCAACCCACGUGUAGAUUUAAAAGAAAAAAAAAAACGGGGAGGAAAGAUUGUUAUUUUUGCUUGCUACGGGAGGGAAAAUGAACGAGCUUUGGGAGCGGCGGGGUGCAAAAAGAAAAACGAAAUCUUAUUUAGUUCCAGCUCCCUUUUGAUCUGGUUCUCAGGGCAUUGGCGAAUGAUUAAAUAACAGAGCCUCCUUUUUUGAAAGGAAAAAAAACCUUUUUCAUGUAUAUAGGGCCUAUAAAUGUACAUAGGUUUAGUUGCACGGAGAUGGAAACGGAUGUGCAAUAAUAUUGCAGAACAAUCCAGAACGAUGAAGUUUGUGUCUUGGGUACGUGCGUGGAAAUGAAGCAGAAGGGGCUUCGUGGUCCUCGCCUGUUCGAGCCCACCUGGAAGAAAAGUUUUGGGGUUUCCCAGCUGAGCGUGUCCUACAUUGGCUUGGCUUACGUUCCUACCCCAGAAAUCUCAUCCAGAGGUGGCCUUCCAGAUGUGUCUGCUUCACAGCCCCCCCCGGCCACUGGGUGGAGGUCGCCGGGCCUGUCGUUGCAGAGCAUCUGGAAGACGAACCCUGUUUUUCCUGCCCUGCGCUUCUGUUCUGUUUUCCUGUUUUUCUUAUCACCUCUUUUGAAGGAGUGCCUUCCCAGUCUGCUUCCCCAGAAGAAAGAUAAGUCGAGUUGGGGUUCACGUGGACCGCUGGAGGCCGCCCAGACCUUCCCGCUUUCUCUUUUGAGGCGGUGAGCAGUUUUGGCACCCACAGGAGGGUGGCUCUUUCUCUCCAAACUUCCUGGUGUUUUGCUAUGGUUAAGCAAGCCAGGAUCUGAACAAGGACAUGGACAGAACGUGAAACGGCUCUCGGAAGUUGGUUGGGCUUCCACCCAAUUCGCCCAGGUCUGGUGGCAAGAAGUGGGCUUGUGCGAAAAAGAGCAGCAAAUGUCUCUUUCUGACUUUGGGUGUUCUGUACAGGCAACCCCCCCUGUUUUAUUUCUUCAAAACCGUUGGACCGAAAACGAUCUUCAUGCAAUUAUACACCUUUGGGUGCUCCUUUACAAGAAUUCCGUCAAGAGGGACCCUGGUUUGCAGGGGGCCCCCAUGAAGAGCACCCACAUGCUUUACACCAUCCGAGAGUUGGGGACAGAGGCCCCAUUGUUUGUGCCUCAAAGGCCAGAGGCUGAUGGGACUCGGAACCAAAAUCCGGAGGGCACCAGGUUGCAGAAGACACCCUGCAGAACGGCGAGGGGGUCCUAUCUUCCCAGCGAGAGGGACCGGCUCUGCGUUGUGAACAUAAACCCCACAGCAGGGCCAAACUCAGUCGCGGACGGUGCCACGAAAGCCGCUGGGUUCAAUAACGGGGGUCGGAGAAGGGACAAGCGGAGUGCAAAAAAAUUGCACGGGACCCGUUUCACCAUCCUCUCCUUUAAUUGGGGCAGUCAACCUCACUUCAGGUAGCAUCUCUCCAGUGAUUUUGGAGGCAGAGCUGCAGCUUGAAUGUACCUAUCAGAGCGUGCCCUAAACUGCCUGUUUUGGAGGCAUUUCUUCCUCUUUCCCCCUUUGAGAACGGCAAGGUUGCCGCACUGAAGUUUCCCUCCUGUGUUUUUUCAGCCCUGGAUUGUGUUUUCAGUGACUGGUAGGUAACGUAUCCGUCUCGGCACGUCAACACCUCCUUGGCAUCCUUGCGCGAUACGGAUUCCUGUCUGGUGAGGCUGGUUUUUAAGGCAAAUGAGCUGGCAGAGAGGAAUUUUUGCUAGUUUACAAAACAUUGCAGCGUUACCAAAUUUUUCCAAGGGCUGCUUCUCCCGGUUUGCUCUCCCGGGACCCACCUCGAGCCCUGCAAAAUCACCUCUCCAGGCCACGCCUGGCACCAAGUGCCUUGCACCAAGAACUGUCAGAGCAGAGGACACUUUCUGUGUUUUUCCUGACUGGCUCCACUUUGUCCCAAAUGGGCACAAUGGAAACGCAGCGCUGUUGGCACAGGACAGAUCUGUAUCUUGGCCCUGGGACAGAGAGGCCCAGCGAGAGGCACCCUUUGGCCGAGUUGUAGCUUGUGUUGGGCUCCAAAGAAGCGGUGUACCGAGGCAAAAAUGGGAUUUAAAGGACAGAGACCAAAACAAGAGCAUUGAGACCCCAAACUGAGGCUAUUUGUUGGGCCAACUUGAGGAUCGUGAGGUUGCCGGCGAUGGAGGUAACUCAGACAUUCUUUGGAGACCCCCUUGGGAGAAAACCGCUGAAUAUUUGAGCUUUGAGCCGUUGGCAAAGUUGAGCUGAAUCCUCGGGAGAAAUCAACCCGGCUGUUAAGCCCUCCCCAUUCUGACUCCGGAGGCCAGCUGGGGGCCUUGAGGCUUUGCUAAAACGAUGCCCCUUCCGUGGUCCUCUCUUUGAAACUCCCACGGGGGCAGAGACGAUGCCACCGAGGAGUUAAAUUUCCUAGAAUGGUUUCCAGAUGCCACUGUGGUUAAUUUAACCAUGGCCCCAAGAUUUAGGAACCAAGACCCGGGGCGGUGGUUUGGCCCACCUUUUGAGACUGCAGGAAAGCCCCACACUGGCCCCAGGGUUGUGGGGCGCUGGCAGUGGGAGCUGACCGCCUUCUUGGCGAAUGUGAGCCCCCUGAUUCUCUACCACCUGCCAACGUGGUUUUUCUUCUGCAGACCUUCAAUCCAGGGUUGGAAAGUGGGUUUCCGAGGAAUGGCUUUGGUUUCUUCUCGGUUCGCGGCAAGGCAUCGCUGCUAAAACAGUGCACGUUUGCUCUAGCCAGCCCCGUUCACCGCAACGUUGUGGUUAGACGGCUUGUGGUGCGUUUUGGAUCCUCAAUCCACCAAACGUAUGGUGGUUUGGAAGCUACAUUGUGGUUUAGCGGGCAAGUCGAUCCACAAGUCACAGCUGUCUUGGGAACACCACCGGCCGUAGAGUUGGCUUCUUCGCGUGGGUGCCACGCUUGCCCAGUUAGAGUCCUUUCCGCCCCCAAAUUCUGGGGAGUUUCAGUCUGACCCUGACCCCUUGGAUGACGACGUUCCUUCAGGCCAACCGUUCAUUUUUAAGGUUAGCAAAACUUCAGGGGCCGGGCAUCUUUCGCCGUUCCUGCAGGCCGCCUCGAUGCACGCCGAGGAUGGUGGCAAUAAAAUUUUUAAGCCAUUGCCCGGGACUCUGGGACUCUGCUUCUGCAAACUUCCAGACCGAGUGAUCCAGUUGAUUCCCCUGGGAAUAGCAAUCGAUAGGAGGCCUCAAGGAACGGCGGCCGUCUGGAGGUUUCCCAGCGAAGCAGCGUUCAGAUGCGGGCACAACUUGGAGCGCUCUUCUCUUUUUUGUUUCAUUUCAUUUCAUUUCAUUUCAUUUCAUAACGAGUAUUCUUUUGACGGUAACGCCAAUAGAUGGGGGAGAGGGCAAACCCCAUCGAAGCGUCGAGUCAAGAUGGGGAGGCCGGCAACGGAGCUGUACGGUUUCCAAUCGCUGCUAAUGCAAUCUGGGCUGAAUUUUAAAAUGGGUCGUUUUUGAUUUCCCCAGAGCUUUAUUUUUUCCCCCCUCCCUUGUCUCGGAAUAAAAUAAAAACCCUCCUACGUUGAUUUUUAAAAUAAAAGA